AUGCUUUCCGCAGGGGAAAGACCUCAGCCUUCCCACGCUCCCACCAUAGUAGAUUCCACCGUGAGCAAGGCGCGCAUCAUGCCGGACCUUGCCGCCAACGGAACCAACGGAGUGACAUCCUCACCCUCCAAACCCGCGCAAAUGCAACACAUCUGGGUCGUGACCGGUCCAGCAGGAUGCGGAAAGAGCACCGUCGGCAACGUCCUACGCACUGAGCUAGGCAUCCCAUUCCUUGAAGGCGACGAUUUCCACCCGGCCGCAAACAAAGACAAAAUGGGCAAAGGCAUCCCACUCACAGACGAAGACCGCUGGGACUGGCUGAUCUCCCUCCGACAAGCCGCAAUCGACGCACUCUCCCCCUCAGAAGCCAACAACUUCCACCCACCCGCCGGUGUGGUAGUAGCCUGUUCCGCGCUGAAGCAGAAAUACCGGGAUGUGAUGCGCGUCGCUGCAUAUGGCUCGUCCUUGGUGCAGAUCCACUUUGUCUACCUCAAGCUCAGCGAGGAUGUGUUGCUGCAGCGUGUCACACAGCGCCAAUCACACUACAUGAAGAGCAGUAUGGUGCAGUCGCAGCUAGCUGCGCUUGAGGAGCCCAAGGGCGAAUGGGAUGCUAUUACUAUCAAUGUUGAGGGUACGAUGGAGGAUGUGGGGCGCAAUGUGAUUGAUGCUGUGACUGAGAAGCUCGCUGAGUAUAAGUGA